UUUCAUGCGCACGCCCAGCCACUGAAUAAUGAUAAUAACGAUCAAGAUGGCUACUACAGAAUCCUCCUUGCGGUAGCUAACCUCCAAAUUCAUGGAAGCGCUCAAAACUGUUAUUUCUCACUGUUUAAGUCCCUCGUAGGCGACGCGGGCUCUGCCAGGGACGAUACUAUAUGGAUUAAUACGGGCUGCGAGGACAUAAAAGUGCUCGUGUUGCCCGCCGCACACAUUCCGAGGAAGCUAGCUAGCAGAGCAACUAGCGAGCUCGAGCGCUGCUUGUCGACCAUCUCCAGGUUUUUAGCUUCCCAGCCAGCGGCGGCUCAGAGGAGGGGCGCGUGCCCGGUCGCCCGGACCGACAGCGUCAAAUGGCAGAGCCGAGGAAGGUGCCGUUCGUCACCAUCUCCACCUUCAACGCGUCCCCGCCGACCCCGGAGUCCAGCAAGAAGCGUCGCCGCGAAGACGAGGCCAUCGACAUCACUUUUGGGAAAGAUGGAGAUGGAGGUGGCGCUGCCGCCGCGGCGGCGGUCGGGUCAGGCGGCAGUGGCGGCGGUGGGAGUCCAUUCGGCAACGUGAACGCGGCGGGAGGCGACGCCGAGGCCGUGGAGGCGAAACCCACCGUGCGCCUCCACCUCCCGCUGGCCGAGCCCAGUGACCGUGGGUCCUCCGAGUUCAACUACGGCGAGCUGGUCAACACAACUCUCACUCAGGUAAAGCUUGCAGGUUCAACAGCCCCCAAAGGACUCGCUCCUCCCCUGGACCCCAGAGACCCCUUUGCUGACGAGGACCGGGAAAGACGGGAGGUAGAAGCGAUGGCCAAGAAGUUUGAGAACAAAUACCCUGGUGUCCCAAAGAAGAAGAAAAAGGACAGGAUGCAGGACCUCAUCGACAUCGGCUACGGCUACGAUGAGACGGACCCUUUCAUCGACAAUUCAGAGGCUUACGACGAGCUGGUUCCGGCCUCCCUCACCACAAAACACGGAGGCUUCUACAUCAACACGGGCACUCUUCAGUUCAGAGCGGCGUCCGAAUCCGAGGGAGAAAACGCUGGCGCGGAGGACAAUCGCUUCAAGAAGACGAAAGAUGGCGAGGAGCUGGUGAUAAAGAAACGCCGGAAAAAGCAAGAUGGUGGAAUUCUGGAGGACAAGAAACCCAGGAAGAAUAAAGUACCAAAGCCCGGAGUGUCGGCCCUGAACAUUCAUCGGCCCGAGAAGAAAAAGAGGAAGAAGCUGAUGAAGGAUUCUAUCCACCUGGCCAACAUGCUGCGUCGCUUCACCAGGGAGAAGGAGGAGAUGCGAAAGAGGAACAUUCCUGCUGUCGGUUUGCAGCGUCCCGCUGCCGCUGCUACUGCCGCCACCGCCGCUGCCAAAGUGCCCAAUGCCGCCAGCGCCCUCCUCAGCGCCCAGUCCAAGGCUGCCGGCGGCAACGAGUGCAACAUGACUGACCUGGCCGCCGACUCGUCCGUAAUGUCGUUGCUGGGCUCGGCCAACAACGACAUCCUGCAGGACAUGAUGGGCGACCUGGACUUUGAGAUGCUAGACUCCCCGCAGCCCUCGAGUCCCCAGCAGGGAGAGAACGGCUCCUUAGGGAUGGGCCACAAAGUCGGUGGCAGCAGGGUGCCCCAGGGCAACGUAAUGGCCCCUCCCCCUCUGCCCGGCGGACUCCCGGCCCCGCUCGCCAAGCGCAUUGAAGACCUGAGAGCGGCGUCCCGACUGUUUGACGCAGAGGGCAGGAAGAAAUUCUUCACACUGGACAUGAACAACAUCCUGCUGGACAUUGAGUUGCAGGUUCAGGAGCAGCCGACGGAGGUGCGUGCGGUCGUCUACUCCCACCUGGAGGCCUUCGUGCCCUGCAAUAAAGAAGCUCUGCUCAAACGCCUUAAGAAACUCAGCCUCAACAUACAGGACGACCGCCUCCGAACGCCCCUGCUGAAGCUGAAACUGGCGGUGUGCAGCGUGAUGCCGGAGCAGAUCGCCCGCUACAACAUGGACUGCAUCGCCAAGGUGGCAAAGCAGCAGUCGGGGGAGGCAGAGAAGAACGGGUCCGAGGAUGACGACGAGGAGAAGCCAGGGAAGAGGGUGAUGGGCCCUCGGAAGAAGUUUGUGUGGGACGACAAACUGAGGUUACUGCUGUGCAACCUGGUGCGGGUGAAGCUGGGCUGCUACGAGCUGGAAGGCAAGAACUCGCUGUCUCGUGAGGACUACCUCAAAGCCUUCAUGGAGACUGAAGUCAAGCUUCUCUGGCCUAAAGGCUGGAUGCAGGCCAGGAUGCUGUUCAAAGAGAGCAUCAUGGCUCAUGGUCACCUCACAGGCUACACAGCAAAGAAAAGGAUGGUCACUACUCCCAAGGCCAAGCCAAAGGAGGCCAUGUGGGUUCAGCGGUCCGUGCCCUCAGCGGGCACCACCCCCUCCCCCGCAGCCCAGGUUGCCAAGCGACCCCCUCAGUCACCCUCCGAGCCCAUAUGUCUGGAUUCCCUUGAUGAGGAUCUGACGGCCCCCUCCCUGGACUCCAUCUCCCAGGCCCUGGCCAUCCUCGGCAACGCAGCCAAGGGCCUGGCCCACGGGGACAACCCCCCGUCCCCCGAUGGACACAAGGCUGCCGCCAAGCCCUCCUCGCUCCAUGUCUCGCCGCUCAUACAGCAGCAGCAGAAGAAGAACCCCGUCAGCUCGCCCAGCUCUAACGCACCACACUACAUCUCUACCUCUUCGUCCAUUUCCACCUCUCUGUCUCGGCCUCUCUCCAUCACCUCCACCUCUCUGUCUCGGCCUCUCUCCGUCACCUCCACCUCUCUGUCUCGGCCUCUCUCCGUCACCUCCACCUCUCUGUCUCGGCCUCUCUCCGUCACCUCCACCUCUCUGUCUCGGUCUCUCUCUGUCACCUCCACCCCUCUAUCUCGGCCUCUCUCCGUCACCUCCACCUCUCUGUCUCGGCCUCUCUCCGUCACCUCCACCUCUCUGUCUCGGCCUCUCUCCGUCACCUGCGCGCCACUGCCCUCGGUGCGGGCGGAUGGUAUGGGGGUCGUCAAGGGCACAGCGCAGGCGCACAGACAAUCAGUGUUGAACACUCAGAGGACGUUGGUUGUGGGCGUGGCCAAAGCCAACAUGUUGGCCUCAGCGUUGCCUCCCAAACCGCGUCCGCCACCCACUGCGUCCCCGCUCGUGGCCCCAGGGUUGAAGGCGGGGGCCCCCAUGUCUGGCCUCCUCAAAGGCAGCAAUAAUAAAGCCAACAGCGGCGACACGCUCAUCAUCACGUCGCCUCCGCUUCGGCCACACACCCUUAUAACCUCCUCACACAUGCUCACCAAAACCUUCCAGACGCCUCGCCUGCCCCACACCCCGCUGAGUAAGUCCUCCCCCUCCCUCACCCAGACUCUUCCGGGGGUUCAGCCCCGGCCACAGUCCAACUUCAUCACCCCCAUGCACGCCACCCUCACCAAGUCGGCCCACAGCAGCAUCCCGCCGAUCGUCAAACUCACGCCGCGCACCUUCAGCCAUGACGUGCACACCACCCCCUCAGCCUCGCCCUCCAUCUCCAUUAGCCCACGGUCUCAGGCAAACCCCCCGAUACACCAGUACUCUCCCAAAAGCGCAGUCGGGUUCCGCUCCGCGUUCUCAGGGGCUCAAGGAGGAGCAACCAAGCAGGGGCAAGGCAGCUACACUCCUCCAGGCAGCCAGAAGACGCCCAACAACAGCACCACCAACGCCAGCCUUAUUAACGCCAUAUCCAUUAGCAAGCAUUCAGGAUCCAGUGCCUCCCCCACAAUAGCCUCUGCCAUCCAGGGCCAGCGCCAGAGGCCGGGGGGCGGGACACCUCAGGGGGCCAAGCCGGUUGCGUCUGUCCCAGCGUCAGCCGUCUCUUCUCAGUUGACACAGGUCUCCACAGCGGGCAUCGGCGGCCUGCUCGGCUCGGCCUCCUCGCUGGGCUUUGGGAUGCUCGGGGGCCUGGUGCCCGUAUCCCUUCCCUUCCAGUUCCCCCAGAUGCUAAACCUGCCCCCGCUGGGCACAGUGGGCUCCAGCGCGGUGGCCGGCGGCUCGUCGGCCAGUAGCAAUGCAUCGUUCUCCACCCUGACACAGAAUGUCAGUCAAAGCCAGACAGGAGACGCUAAGAGGAAGACUCUAUGAUACAGCUGGAUUUCAAAGACGCUGUCUGAUGAAAUGACCAUGUGACGUGUUGGGACGGAGUGUGACUUUUGGUGACAGAUGGGACGGGUCUGAAAUGAGGACUUUGUUACACUUUAAAGAUACUUGAUCUGAAAGAGAUCGGCUCAACUUUUCACGAACACCGCAGUUUAAAUAACUUUUUUUUUUUUUUUAAACGAUUUGAUAACUUUGAAAUACUAUUCAUAGAAUUGUUCAAUGAAAUGACAAAUACAGGUUGUCAAUGUUUACAAGAUAGACCUAUAUCACUGUGGACAGGGAGAAGGAACGACUGGGAUUUUUAGGUGUGUGUGUGUGUGUGUGUGGGUUUGAAUGCUUUUGGUAGGUGGGAUUGAGAGCGUGCCUUUUGUAUGUCUCCCUCGCUGAUGCAUGGUCAAUGUGUCUAUUUGGUGCUGUUUUUUAAUCAUGUAAUUAUCACUGAUACCUGUAAGAAAUAUAAACUGCAAAUAGAAUGAGCUUCUUCUUUUCUUCUCUCUCAAGAGCUGUACACUUUUUCAUUGUACUUAGAUUCUUGAAUAAAUUGUCUGUAUAGAACCCAAACCUUUUAAUUAAAAUCUUUCCCUUCAAAAUGGA